GCCACGAACAAGACCGCGGAACUUCCAUCCGCCGCACUCUUCGACACGUGCUCUCGAUCGUUUUUGUAGCACGUGGUGCACGGCGUCGCGACGCGUCCGUCGGAUUAGUGUUUGCGCGCGCUACCAUGGUACGGGAUUAAGGGCGGCAUCAUGUUGCGAAGACUAGAAGUCAUCGUAUUCGUAGUCUUGGCACCCCUCUUAGAAGCUGUGACUAGUGAUGAUCCUUUCGCCCUACCACCAUCUUUUGCAUUAGGAGGUAAUCCUGAAGUGUCUGAAUACGACCUGCUGGCUGCCGUCAGCAUCCCCUUUCCUGAUUCCAAGACGCAGUACAUCGACGACGCUGGUCACGACGGCUUCCCGGCGUUCGGCUUCCGUCUCGGCGCCGACGUCAAAAUCGCCCAUCGCCAGAUACUGCCCGACAAGCUGACCGAGGAGUUUUCGGUGCUGGUCAGUGCGAAGCCGAAGAGCCGCCGAGGCGGGUUCAUUUUCGCCAUAGUCAAUCCAUACGAUACGGUGGUCGAACUGGGAGUAAAGAUAUCCCCUGAAGGAACCUCCAACACCACUCUGAGCCUGCUCUACACCGACCCGAACCAGUUCAGCUCGGAAACCAUAGCCAAUUUCAGUGUGCCCAAGUUCCAAGGCAAAUGGGUGCGAUUCUCUUUCCGCGUUUCCAUAGACAACGUCACGUUGUUCUUCAAUUGCAACGAGAGCGAAACGCUGCCAGUGAUGAGGAAGCCCUUGGAGUUGGUGUUCGAUAGCGCCUCCACGUUGUAUUUGGCGCAAGCUGGACCGAAUAUUGGGGAACCAUACGAGGGUGCACUGGAUCAACUCAAAAUAUACCAAGAUCCCAAUAUGGCCGCUGAACAAUGCAAAACGGAGUUUCAGGGCUUUGAGAACAUUGAUGAAGAUAUCGAUAAUAUGAUAGUAGAACGUACCGAUUCUGAGGGAUCAUUCAGAGAGGGCAGCGGAUCAGAAGACCUGGGAUGGUUCCCGCCACCUCCACCGCCGCCAGACGGUAAGGAAUGUCUUUGCGAUAAAGAAAACUGUUGUAAUUUCGUUUCUGAUGACGCUGGAAAAGCAGCUGGACGUUACAGGGGAGAGAAGGGCGAUAGGGGGCCAAGGGGACCACCAGGGGAGUCCAUCAGAGGACCUCCGGGUCCUCCAGGACAUUCUGGUCCUCCAGGAAUGCCAGCUCCUGAGGCAGUGUGCACCUGCAACCUGACCUCAAUCAUCGACACCCUGGCCGCCCAACGGCCGCCGCAAGGACCCGCCCCCUCCAUCGAGGGCAAGCCGGGCCCGCGAGGCCCGCCCGGCCCGCCCGGUGACAGAGGCGCGGGCGGGCCCAAGGGGGAGCGCGGAGAGCGGGGGGAGCGGGGCGAGCGGGGACAAGGGGGGCAGAAGGGGGAGCCGGGCACGGACGGGACUCCGGGGCUGGGCGGGCCUCCGGGGCCGCCCGGACCGCCCGGACCGGUCGAGUUCGAGAAUGUCGAUGACACCGUGUUGGGCAGCUCGAUGGUCCGCCCCGGAGUCCCCGGCCCCAAGGGCGAGCCCGGCCCGCCCGGCCCCACGGGUCAACGUGGCCCCACGGGUCCCGAGGGCAACCCCGGCCGCCCAGGCUCUAAGGGCGACCGCGGCGACAGAGGACUGCCCGGCGAGGAGGGGCGCGAGGGCCAGAAGGGCGCGCCCGGGACGGACGGCACGCCGGGGGUGGGGGGCCAAAG